AUGCCCUUUUUGGAUGUGCUGCCGUUUGACACACUUGCAAACGCUGUCGCCUACUUGCCGUUUGAUGAUUUGGCCAAAAUUGGACUUGUAUCAAAAAAAUUCCAUAAAGUCCAGAACAUGACAAGAUAUUCGCGAAAACACAUCUCCGUUGGAUUGCUUCGUCGUCUCUUCCCUGAUGCAAUAAUUCCUUCUCCGAGCACUACAAGUUGUGUUGGCAUGCUGCAAGUAAUGAGGCCACUUCGGCGAGCACUUCGUUCCUAUCCAUCAGGAAAUAUCAAUGAGGUGGACUUGUCUGAGUUGUUGGCCUUUCGCGAAUCGCAUUUUGAGGAGCUGUUGAAGUCCAUCAACAACGGGAAAUCACUGUUCACAGAGGUUCGACGGCUGAACGUGCGUGGUUGUGUUGUCGAACCAAAAGACAUUGCCUUUCUUGCUCAGCUAAUGCCUAAAGUCUGGUUCGUGCGCUGCUCACCACAAACGCUUGUUCUGCCAGAAGAAAUGUUUCAAAGAGCAUCUAAUGCUGACUGCCGAACAACAAUAUCAACUACGAAACCGAGUGGAAGACUAUGCCCAACUUUGCGGGAAACUAACGCAGCGACAACUCUUGCUAUUGUCUCAACUCACCGAGCAAUUCCCGUGUCUUGA